AUGACUCUCAUCAAGGCAGCUAGCGCGUCCUGUACAGAGGCCUACCAAGUUCUUAGUCUCGCCCUGAGAUUCGAUAAUGAGGAUCAGAGGCUCUGGUGGCACAGCACUGCUCCGAUGUUUGCAAAAAUGCUAGAAUCCGCCCAAUACACCACAUCUUGUCAGUAUCGCUACCUCAUCACGUACAAGGAGUACGUGAUUCCCAAUCUCGGAUGCUACCCAACAAACAGUUCUCCGCGCUGGUUGAGCAUUCUCACUCGAUACGGUACCCCGUUUGAAUUGAGUCUGAAUUGCUCCGAUUCCAUAGUGAGAUACACCUUCGAGCCAAUCAAUCAACACACCAGAACCGACAAGGACCCAUUCAAUACACACGCCAUCUGGGAUAGUCUACAGCAACUGCUCCCCCUUGAUAAGGGCAUCGACCUCGAGUGGUUCCGCCACUUCAAGCAUGACCUCACCCUCAACAGCGACGAAUCUGCUUUUUUGGCUCGUAAUGACCACCUGGUGGGCGACUCUAUCAGGACGCAGAACAAGCUCGCCCUGGACCUGAAGGACGGCCGGUUCGUACUCAAGACGUACAUCUACCCGGAGCUAAAAGCCAUUGCCACCGGCAAGACAAUUCACGAGCUGGUCUUUGGCUCAGUCCGCCGCCUGGCAGCCGGGGUCCCCAGCAUCUUGCCCCCACUACACAUGCUGGAGGAAUAUAUCCGUUCACGCGGUCCGAACAGCACUGCCAGCCCCCGCCUAAUGUCCUGUGAUCUGACCAAUCCAGCCAAGUCGCGAAUUAAGAUCUACCUGCUGGAGCGGAUGGUUUCAAUAGAGGCCAUGGAGGAUCUGUGGACCUUGGGUGGCCGGCGCCGAGACGCUUCCACAUUGGAGGGGUUCGCCCUGGUGCGUGAACUCUGGGAUCUCAUUCAACUGUCGCCGGGGUUGAAGUCUUAUCCGGUGUCGUACCUCUCCAUCGGGGCUAUUCCGGACGAGCGACUUCCGCUCAUGGCCAAUUUCACCCUGCACCAAGAUGAUCCGAUCCCCGAGCCGCAGCUAUAUUUCACGACCUUCGGGAUGAAUGACAUGGCUGUGGCGGACGCCCUGACGACGUUCUUCGAACGCCGGGGUUGGAGUGAAAUGGCUCGCACGUACAAAAGCAAUUUGAAAUCGUACUAUCCCCAUGCGGAUCAUGAGAACCUUAACUACCUCCACCCCUACAUCUCCUUCUCCUAUAGGAAAAGAACUCCUUAUCUGAGUGUCUAUCUUCAAUCAUUUGAGACAGGAGACUGGACAGUUGCAAACGUAUCCGACUCAAUGGUCAAGUGCCGGGAUGCGGCCUGUCAACCCACAGCCCUGCCUCCAAAACUGCCAAAGGCAGGCUUGACUCUGGCCACCACUCAUGAACAGCUUGGAAAUUAG